CUUUUCUACAAACACGACGACUUUUGAGCGAGGACGACACCACCUCCUCCCCUCCGGCCACUGACUGGCAGUGGUUGUCGUCUGUGCGUGACAGGUCGAAGGACUGCCGUGAUCAGCGAUGGGCAGUGUGAGGCGCAUACGCGCCACAGAGUCGUUUGUUCUCACAGCGGCAGGGAUCAGCCCCAAGGACAAAGGGCGAGUGAGGGCGCUCUCGCUGCCCGGGUCUCAUGUGGAGAAGAUUGAGACACUUGGGCUGUCGCUUGCCCACAUGCACCGCAUCCGUGACCUGGACCUUUCCUGCAACGCGCUGGAAUCAACCGAAGGGCUCGAACACUUGGCGGAACUGAUGACCCUCAACUUGUACUUCAACAACGUCUCCUCGCGCCAAGAGCUGCUGCGCCUCAAACACAACCGCAAGCUGCGUGAACUUGACCUUCGCUUGAAUCCCGUCUGCUCAGACCGCAACUACAGGCUGUUCACCGUGUUCCACCUGCCCUGGCUUCAAACGCUGGACGACGUGGAAGUGACUGACCGAGAACAAAGUGCUGCGAAACAGAUCUUCGGCGACACCACAGUACAGCUUAGCAGCAUGCUCAAGAGCGACUUUCGAACCGCUGCCUCGAGUAUGCGGUCAAGCGGGCGGCGGCGCGGCGCUGAAGUGGCUGAUGAUGAUGAUGGCGAUGAUGACAAUGAUGAUGGCAUUGGCAGUGACGGUGUGACGCGUCGUGGCGGUCGUGGUGAUGGUCGUGGUGGUGGUCGUGGUGAUGGUGAUGCAGUGCGGCGCAUGCUGAACGCAAGUCGCGCUCGUUUACGCGGUGAUGUACGCGCCGGUCCCAGUGGCAAUGGUGGUGGCGGUGGUGGUGAUUAUGAUGGCGGUGAUGGCGAUGUGAACAGCAGUCACGGCAGCGGCAGCCAGCCGCUCCACAUUGACGCCCUCGCCGUGGACUCUGUCAGCAGCACGGCCAGCGCACACGCGAGCAGGCGUCGGCGACCGUCACCGCUCGGUCGCAGUCGUGCAUCAUCAACAGCAGCAGCGGUAGCAGGUGGGGCGGGCGGUAGGCGUGGGGAUAGAAAGGGUGAUCGUGCAGUGGGCGCCGUGGGUGCGGUGGGUGCGGUGGGUGCGGUGGGUGCUGGGGUGCCAGUGGACAGCGCCGUUGGCGGAGAAAUGGGGCCGACCAGUCGCCGGCAUGGACGCGAUCACGUUGACGGCACUGCAGCCCUCACUCCAGCCGCAUCCACUCGAUCAACAGCACCACGCCACGACAACACCGACGGCGAUGGUGGCGGUGGUGGAAAUGGUGCUGAGGAUGGUGAUGAUGGUGGUGGUGGUGGGUAUGAUGGUGGGUAUGGUGAUGGUGGCGAUGAUGAGAUGUCGAUUGCGGCGUCCAUACAGCUGCAGCGGUGCGUGUCUGAGAUUAUGGCGCUGUGCCGGCGGGCGGUGCUCAAUCCCGAGACGAUGGACGACGCGUUUCAGUCGCGUAUCAGCAGCAGCGUCAUGCAGCACGUGAUUGCUCCCCACCGCCGCCGCCUCCACGACGCAGAAGCCCUGCAGGAGAGCCUUGAUCGGACGGUGCUGCAUCUGCAACGGGAGGAGGAAGAGCGACGACGCGCUGUUGACGAGACAAUCCGCACCAACACUGCCAUUAAGAACAUGAUACAGGAAAUGGGGCUACCUCUCGACCACACGCUCAAGCCGCUGGACGCGAUGAAGCAAGUCCUCCUCGAUGCUCGCGAGGCUUCGGAAAGCCCGCAGUUGGCAGCAGAGAACGCACAUCUCAAAGCCCAGCUGCAGGCACGUAUACCAGAGUCUCGAGCCGCGGAAGCGAGGCAGGAGGCGUGCUUGAAAGACCUGCAGGAGGCACAGGAGAUGUUACGCCAAAGUCACAGGUCGCUCACGCUGAGCAAUGAUCAGUUGUUACGAGAGCUCGAGGAGACACGCAGCUCGCACCAACGGGAAAUGGAUCGAAUGCAAUGGAACUUUGAGGAGCUGCAGCGCACCAUGGAUAUGAUCAAGUCACAGAGCCCCCACCAGCAAUCAGGGGACGCGUCAUGGCAACAUCGACAGCAGGAACAACAACAGGAGCGAUUAUGA